AUGCCUCCUCCACAUUCUGGUGUUGCAAUAUCUGGAAAAAUCAAUGCAUUAAUAACUGAGUGGGGGAUUGAGAAGAAGUUGUUUUCUAUUACUUUGGAUAAUGCUUCUGCAAAUACUUCUUUUGUUGAGAUUUUAACGAAUCAAUUGAACUUUAGAGGUCUUCUGUUGAUGAGUGGCAAGUUUUUUCAUGUGCGUUGUUGUGCUCACAUUUUAAACUUGAUAGUCCAAGAUGGACAUAAGGAAAUUGAUUCUUUAGUGAUAAAGAUUCGUGAGUGCAUCAAAUAUAUAAAGGGUUCUGAGGGGAGGAAACAAAAGUUCUAUGAAUGUGUUGCACAAGUAGGGAUAAUGGGUAGUAAGAGAGGAUUAAGACAAGAUGUCCCUACUAGAUGGAACUCAACUUAUACCAUGUUUGAGAGUGCACUUUUCUAUCGUCAUGCUUUUAUUAAUUUAGGAUUGCUUGAUUCCAAUUUUAGUAGUUGUCCUUCUCCUCAAGAGUGGAUUAAAGUAGAGAAGAUUUCCAAGUUUUUGGGGUACUUUUAUGAUGUUACAUGCUUAUUUUCUGGGACAAAGUACCCCACAUCAAAUUUAUUCUUCCCUAAGGUGUUCAUAAUACAACACCAAAUCAAGGCAGCCAUGGAAGAUAAUGAUGAGUGGGCUUAUACCAAGCUUCAUGGUAAGGAUUCUAAAGAGUUCAAAUAUGUUAGAGACACAUUGACAUCUCUUUUUGAUGUGUACUCGAAAAGUUUAUCUCAUCUUGUUACUUCAAAUUAUGGAAUGAAUGAGACGGAUUUUGAUAAUAGUUAUAAAAAUGGUCCAAGUACAAGUAGGAAAAAUGAAUUGCACAAGUAUUUGGAUGAGGAAAGACUAGAUAGAAAGCAAGGCAUAGAUGUUCUUUCUUGUAUUGGUGGUAGAGUACUAGAUCAAUACCGUAGUUCAUUAUUGCUUGAAAUUGUUCAAGUUUUGUUGUAUACUCGAUAUUGGCUUUUUGGCAAGGGAGCUAUGGAGGAAGAGAGUGCUACUGUGGAAAGCCUUAUUGAAGGUAUUGAUGAGUAA